AUGGCUUGGAUAAUUCCAUUAGAAUAUUCGGAAGAUAGAAAUCGUAUGCGUAUUAUUAGAAAAUACCUACGAGAUGUUAUGAAUCCAUUCGAUCUUUCGGAGAAUUUGUUCUGUCGGGCAUAUCGUAUUCCAAAAUUGCUCGUUCAUCAAUUGAUUGAGGAAAUUCGCCCAUUUGCGCAAAAUAUUGGUUUGGUGCCACUGCACCUACAGGUGCUAUCCGUUUUAAAUUUCUAUGCAACAGGCGGCUACCAAAUGAGCGUUGGCUCACAUGCCUUCCAUAAUCUGAGCCAAACCAUGAUGAGCCGAUACGUCAGUUAUUAUAGUCAUUUAAUAACACAGCAUUUAGCCCCAAAAUAUAUACGUUUUCCCCGAAGUGUGAAUCAAAUGGCCGAAAUAAAAACUCAUUUCGAGGCUCAAUAUCAUUUUCCGGGUAUUUUGGGUGUAAUUGACGGCACACAUAUCGCUCUGACUGCUCUGCCAUUGGAAAUAGAAAAUGCUUUCGUCAACCGUAAGGGUUACCACUCCAUCAAUACACAAAUAGUGUGCGACGCAAACAUGCUCAUUAUUAAUAUCAAUGCAAGAUUCCCGGGCUCAACACAUGACUCUUUUAUUUUUGGUGGCAGCAUGCUACACACCCGCCUGGAAGAGCUCCACCAAAACGACCCAGCAACAUUCAAUUUUCUAUUGGGUGACUCGGCAUAUUCUCUUUCACCUUGGCUUAUGAAAAUAUUCGACGGAAAUAAUUUGUCGGCAGAACAAGAGCAUUUCAAUCAUGAAUUGUGUGCUAUUAGACAGAUUGUUGAACGCACUAUCGGGCUUCUGAAAGUGCGUUUUCGAUGCAUUUUGGGUGACAGGAAACUGCGGUAUAAACCAACCAAAAUAUGCUUGCAAAUGCCAUGA